AUGGCCGCAGCUGAAUCCAAAGCAUCCAAGCUGAAUGUCAUGGAUAUCCCGAAGAACGGAGCCUAUGACGGUCAUCUCCUGCUGACCCCGCAGCGUCUACCAGACAGGUAG